AAAUCCAAAGUAAUUAAAAGGGACAAAAACCUUCCCUAACACCCAAUCAACCCUUCACUACCCACAAUAAAAUAAAAAAGAAAUAUAAAACUCCUUUUUUUUUUUAAAAAAAAAGACAAAUAAAUAAAUAAAGGUCUUGAAAAUCAAAAUCCCCCAACAAAUCUAAUUCUCUCUCUGUUAUCAAAAUUUUCACGGGUUAUCAACGCAAGGCAUUGGUGAAUUCCAUUAUAUCAUGAAGUUCAAGAAAGGAAGUAGAGUGGAGGUGUUGAGCAAAACAGACUUGUCCUCGGGUGCAUGGUGGUGUGGUGAGAUUAUCUCGGGGAAUGGACAGACUUAUCAGGUUAGGUAUGAUGGUUCACAGGGCUUGAGUAAUGAGGAUAAUGUGGAGAGCGUGUCAAGAAAGGCCAUUAGGCCUUGCCCUCCGCCUGCUGAUGUUUCAGAUGGUUGGACUGUUGGUGAUCUGGUGGAGGUGUUCGAUGAUCUUUGUUGGAAAACAGCAGCAGUUUUGAAGGUCAUUAGGGGAAAUUAUUAUCUGGUUAGGCUAAUUGGGCCUUCAACAAAACUUCAAGUCAACAAAGUUAACAUCAGGAUGCGCCAAUUAUGGCUAGAUGGAAAAUGGGUUGUAAUUGGAAAGGGUUCUGGCAGUUUUGAAAAUGAGAAGUCAAAAAAACCAUCAGUUUGGAGUUGUUAUCAGAAGAUGAGGUCUCCAAGGCAGCAAGCCAGUAAGAAGAGGAAAGUGCAAGCAAGAGAAGCUUGUUUAGCUAAUAAGAACAACACUGGCUUCCAGGAGUCUUGUGCUAUGUCAGCUAGAACAUCCAAGAGAGCAUCCCCAUUUUGGUCAUCUGAUUUUGAAGCGUAUAAUGGAAAAGUUGACAAAAUGAGAGCAAUAGAGAAACAGAGUGAGGGCCAGCGAGUGAUAUCUGGGUACCCAUCCUCAUUCCUUAAAAAGGUAGAUGCUGUUGCUUACCCACGUGAGUGUCUGGGUGAAAUAUACAUGCAUGCUUCCUCUAACAAUCAAACAAUUGGAUCUUAUGAAAUGCAGAGGGGAACACCAAAUUAUGUUGUCGAUUCUUGUGGAAGAAGCUUGGAACCUAAUGAUUCUGAUAGUGAUGCAUGUUCCAUUGGUAGUUGUAGUGUUACUAGUGAUUGUCCAAACAGACUGUUUAAUCAUGUUGUAGCUGGGAACAGUCCUGAUGCAGAUACCCUUAGUAGUGAUGCCGAAUCUUUUUAUGGUCAUGGAGAUGGGGAAGAAAAUUGUUCCUUUCCCCUAGAAGAGGAUGUAACAGCAAGGGUCCGUAGGUUAGAGUUGCAUGCUUAUCGUUGCACUCUAGGGGCAUUCUAUGCUUCUGGGCCCUUAAGUUGGGAACAAGAAGCAUUGUUGACAAAUCUUCGCAUCUCACUUAACAUUUCAAAUGAUGAACAUUUGAUGGAGCUAAGGAACUUAAUUUCUGCUGAAACAAGCAUUCGUAUUUGUUAAUGUUUUCUGUCCUUUAUCCUUGUUUAGGUGUUUUCCUCUUUUAGCAACAAGUUUUUCUUGGUUUCAUGCCUCGCAACGAUGUAAGAAGCAAGAUGAGAUUGUUACAUUCUGUAGCUUUAUUUUAAUUCUUCAAUCUAGGUGAUUUAGCUAGUGAAAAUUUGUAAUUUGGAUUCUUAUUAUAGUAUAAUAUUUACAGACCUGUUAUAUUUUUU